GUAACUUUCAAGAAUGGGAAAUAAUGAAAGCACAGUUAUUGAAGAGAGUACACAAAUGUACAGUUCAGAUAGACAUAGUCAGCACAUCCAGGAAGUUUACGACGAACUAGAACAAGAAGAAGAUAGAAGUCCUCGUAUCAGCCCCAUGGUGGAUCUAAACUUAAGGGGUAUCAUGUAUUCGAUUGCACAAAGCCCAGAUAGAAGUAGUCAAACCAGUCUGGAUAUUCACGACGAAGUUUGUGAACAUCAAGAACCAGAGGAAGAGAAAAAAACUCAUGUCAGCCCUAUCAUCAAUUUAAACGUGGGAGGCAUCAUUUACUCGAUUAAGCAAAGCAAGCUCAACACUAUUCCAUUCUUUGAUGGCAUGUUUCCUGUCACAGACCACAUUGAAUUGUCAUUUGACAGAGAAGAAGUGUUUGUUGAUCGCGAUGGAAAUCUUUUUGAAUACAUAUAUCAAUAUUUGGAGAAUGAAGCAUAUCUGGUUUUGCCUUCUGAUACGUUUACGCUUGACCGGCUACUCAUAGAAGUAAAAUAUUACAAAUUGAGUGAAAUGGAAAAAAUAGUCAAAAGAAAACUCCAUUCAGCCAAGUUCAAUCAUUUGGAAAAACAAAGAACGUACACAGUGCUUUCCAUGCCUGAAUUUAAUAAGCUGUCAUCCGUCAACCUAGAAUGUGAUGAAGAGCAAGAAGCCCAGACUAUUUGUAAAAGCUAUGAAGUAAUUACAACAAUCUCCACUCAGGAGCCGUAUUGGGUGUGCCCAAGAGAAAUAUCAAAGCAUUCUUCUCCUGUUGAGUGUGGAAAACAUUGUAAGAGUGCAUUUCACCCUGAGCAGCAUGGAUGGUACUUUAAGAAUAUCGAUAGGAUUAUCGUUGCUACGAGAUAAUAAAGGGUUUUUUGUGUGUAUCCUUUUUUUGAAUAAUAAAAAAGAUGUAUGUCGACAGAUUUCUAUUAUCUCUUUAAAAUGAAGAAAAAAAGAGU